AUGAUGGACGACGCUCUUGUGGAGGUUGAUGGACUCUUUGCUGGUCUCAUCUAUCUCGAUACGACCGAUCCCCCACUCAUCAAGAGAACUUCAAAGAAUUGGUUUAGUCUUGCUGCUAAGUUAGACCUUAGCUGCAACGCUUGCGAAACGCGCUCGGAGACCGACACGUCGGACGCACCACCUUCCACGAUCGAUGAGGGCGUCCUAGCCCGAGACGCUGCAUGGUCCUCUAUUCGAACUAUCCGAGACGGAAUGCAGAUUCUCUGGGAUCAUUUUGUCGAUGCCUCUCGGGUUCUAAAUACGCCGACAAUUGAGAGCCUACGCAAGAGCUACGAUGGUGCUCAAGGUCUUUGCUAUGAAGGAGUGUUUGCUUUCCGCCAUACCGUCGUUGGCCAGAGACAUGACGAUUUAGUCGCGAUAUUUGCCUUUUGUAGCUUGUCAUAUGUGAUUGCUCGCCUUUUCUGUGCUUGCAAUGAAGCCAACCAGAUCGACAUACCAGCCGGCCUCCGGUCAUGGCGUGAUGCAAUCAAGGAAGAGGACGAGCGACAGGCCUUUGAUACUCUGGCCGUGCAGAUGUGGCCAGAAGCAAUUAAUACUGUUCAUUUUCAGCCUUUGGCGCGAUCUGCGAGUACUCACGGCCACAGUAGGAGCGCGUCUCCUGUGUCUUCCAUCCCCUACCAAAGUGCAAUACCACCACUUGCUCCUGAUUUUAGCAGCACGCAGCCAUUUGAUGGCGACCAGCGAGGUCAAGAACUCUCCAAUGUCAUGGGGAAAGGUUUCGUCCCGCUUCAGUAUGCGUGGCAAGAUAACAAGCAAGUCAACAACGGUGUGGCAAACACUUCCGCAGCCGUCAGCCAGUAUCCCCAGAGCUUGACGGACCUACUCAAUGAUGCUUUUCCCUUGCAUGCACCAAGCAACGAGUCAUACACUGACUAUCGGGCCUGGUCAGACUCGGGCUCCAUUCUAUCACAGACCUUCGACAUGACGGAACAGCUGAACUGGACAGCAUUCAGAGACCCAACAGGUCAAUCAGCCGGCUAUCCCAAGGUCAUCGCCGAUUACGCCCGGGAAUUGAGUGAUACAGCCCUGCCGGGAACAACAUCUUGCGCCAGCGCCCUACAAGAGACACCUACAUUCAUGGUUGUCAGAGAAUAUAUCCGCGACAACUGUAACUUUUGGCACCGGCUCGCCGGCUCUGGUAUAGUGUCAAAAGACCACAAAUCGCGUCGCUCAUGGCAGAAUAAAACACCAGCCUGGAUGGAGUGCAAACAGACUUCAUCAUACAUCCAACAACUGCGAGCUGUAGAGCACACUCGCAAUCCAGAGUCGCGUGGUAUUGUCGCUGUUGCUGAAGCUUACAUCAGAUGGGGGUUUCUCCAAAGUGUCGAAGAUACAAAGCUCUAUAUGGAAAAGCUGGGAGACUUGCUAUUCGACACCGAGAUAGACCGUCAAGAUUUCUGGAGAUGGAUUAAGGGCUUUUCGGGUGAUAAUGAGAAACCAUUGGCAUGCCCAUACUGCUCUCACAGGGACAAGUAUGAGGGCAAUCUUCGAAGACAUAUGAAGAACAAACACGGGGUUGAGUACGAAAGAUCGAAGCAGCAAAUGAAGGCUCCAAGACCAUAA